GCUGCAUCAUGAAUAGUUUGGGGGCACCUUUCAAUCGCAUACCUCUGGAAUGGCGGGGAUUACACAGCCGAGACCCGGAGAGCAUGUAAACGCAAAUGGAGUUUGGGAUUUAUUACAAAAUAUGGGAAAGAUGACCGUCUUCUCGUUGUGCUUGCUCUUGUGCGCGGAUCUACUGGAUUUAGCCGUGGGAUAUUUGACUGUAACCAUAGAGCCCCUGCCUCCGGUCGUUGUGGGGGAGACUGUUACCCUCAAGUGUAACUUCAAAACUGAUGGGAGGCUUCGAGAGAUUGUUUGGUACAGGGUCACAGAUGGAGGAACCAUCAAGCAGAAAAUCUUCACCUAUGAUGCUAUGUUUAAUACCAAUUACUCCCACAUGGAGGACUACCGCAGGCGUGAGGACCUGGUGUACCAAUCAACAGUCCGGCUCCCAGAGGUACGGAUCUCAGACAACGGGCCUUACGAAUGCCACGUCGGUAUCUAUGACCGGGCAACAAGGGAGAAGGUUGUCCUGGCUUCAGGAAAUGUUUUUCUUACUGUUAUGUCACCUCCAAACAACAUAUCGGUGGUGGCAGAGAACACUCCAGCCCCAUUCAGUCGGUACCAGGCCCAGAAUUUCACUCUCGUCUGCACUGCAAAAGGAGGGAAACCAGCCCCAUCGGUGUACUUUAAGCGUGAUGGUGAGCUGAUCGAGGUGAUCUCCUACACUCAGACUUCCACCCCAGAGCAGGCAGGAGGUUCAGCAGGAGUGAGAGGAGCUAGGCCGCUCAUCAGCAGGGACCUGGAUGACACUAAACUGCAGCGUUCCCUCUCCCUCCUGGACCCCGAGGGGCGGUCGUCGUCUCGUCUGAACACGGAGAGCCCGCCGCGUUUCCACACUCAGGGCCAGCAGGCCCACGAGCCCAGUCCGGCCACGGAGGUCAUCCCAGAGACUGUGGUGAGCCGAGAGUUCCCCCGCUGGGUACACAGCACGGACCCGCUGUACUACUUUAGCCACACUCACAUCCCUCAGAGCGACGGCUCUGUGGUGGUGCAGGCCCGACUCACCUGGACCCUGAACCCUCAGCUGGAUAAUGACGCUUUGUUUAGCUGUGAAGUCAAGCACCCAGCACUGUCCAUGCCCAUGCAGACAGAGGUCACACUGUCUGCUCCAAAGGGUCCUAAACUCUUUAUGACCCCCACAAGGGCAAAGGUGGGGGAUACAGUGCGUAUCACUGUGCAAGGAUUCCAGGUAGGAUCGUCCGGGAAUGAGGUGUUCCCAGAGCCUCUCUUCACCUGGACGCGGGUGGGGGGCCGCCUGCUGGACGGCAGCCUCGAGCGAGAGGGGAAGGAGCUGAUUCUGGAGCGGGUGCCAGCGGAGCUCAAUGGCUCCAUGUACCGCUGCACGGCCCAGAAUCCUUUGGGCUCAACGGAUACCCACACUCGCCUCAUAGUCUUUGAGAAUCCAAGCAUGAUGAAAAACACACAGAACCCGAACAAUGGAGCCUCUCGCAUUGACAUGCUCGGACUUACGUCGAUGGCACUCGUCCUCACAGUGACAGUGGAACUGACGUGAAACCCCUCAUCCGAGACGCUCGCACACAUACACAGAUACACACAUACACAUACUUGCCCUUCUUACACAACAUCCGCACACACGAAUCCUGCAAGCCUUCUCCAGUCACCAACGGGCCCUCCAUGCGUCAGUCGAUGAGGAAACAGUGCCACCAGGAUGGCGCUCCACUGUUUUUGUUUUUGUUCUUUUUUUUCUCUUUUUGUAUUGAAAUAAUAACCAAGAUAAUGACAAAAAAAGACCGACAUGAUGAACAUGACAAUAACCACCUCCUAUAUAGCCCCGCCCAGUUACACCUUUUUUUGUUUCUUGUCCCACGUCUGCCUGUUGAUCAAUAAAAUCAGUUGAUUGAAAACGGAAAAAGAACAAAGCAUUUUAUUUUGAUGAGUCAAAAUGUGAUUGAAGUGUGAAAAGUGGAACUGGCUUAGGCUUCAUAUCAGCCACACCCGUCUCUUUCAUGUCCUGGGAUGCACCUGAUUAUAGCAACAAGCUGAUAAACCCACGGGGGAACAAACACAGAUGCUCCAAGAGAACAUUCUUUUUUUAUUAAUAUACAAGUUUUCCUUUUUUUCCUGAAGGCUCGGAAUGUACCAGAGGAUUUAAACGUAUUGAGAAACUAGAAAAAAAAUCUCCUUUUUGAGUGUAUUUUGUGUACAUCAGUGUAAAUAUUGAAAAUAAUUAAAGAGGUUAUAUGGGUUUUGGUGAGGGCUGGUUGUGAGAAUCGCUGGGAGUUUACACUUCUCCUCCACCUUUGUUUGUACUUCAUUCAACACUGUUUUCAGAGAUCAUUCUUGGCUGAAAGGACAGAAACAUUAACAGCCUUUCUGUUUCUCAUUUGGGCUUUUUAUAUCUUCAUGGCAGGUCUCCAAGGACAGAGUGAAAAAAUUACCUAACAUAUGUCUGCUGUUUUGGGGUUGUGGUGCAUGUGACGUUUGAAGAUUCUUUCUCCUUUUAUUUCUUUUUUUUCUUUUUUUUCUUUUUGGUGUGUUGCA